AUGAAUCAAAUUGGUAACUUAGCACAAAUUUCACGUUUUACAGAGAACUUAUCAGCUGAACGUAUUAAAUCUGAGUUUGCUUCAUUGCAAUCGAAAUUCUCUACAGUUCGUCCUGUACAAGAAUUCUUUAAUGUUAAGAAUAUUUCAAAGCCAAAUAAUUUCUCUGAUGUUCAAUCAAGAGUUGCUUAUAAUUUGAAAUAUUAUUCUACCAAUUAUGCGAUCGUCGUUGGUUUACUAAGUAUCUACACUUUAUUGACUAAUUUACUGUUGUUAUUUGUCAUCGUUUUCGUUUUAUUAGGUAUGACAGGUAUUGGUAAAUUACAAGGUGAAGAUUUAGUAACACCUUUCGGUACUUUAAAGACUUCUCAAUUAUAUACUGGUUUGAUUUGUAUUUCUGUACCAUUAGGAUUUUUAGCAUCUCCAAUUUCUACCCUAAUGUGGUUGAUUGGUGCAUCGGGUGUAACUGUUAUUGGUCAUGCCUCAUUUAUGGAAAAGCCAAUUGAAACCGUCUUUGAAGAAGAAACUGUUUGA